AGAUGUUCGUCUGUAACCGGCUGAUGGCUUUGUUUUGUAUGGUCACUUGUGCAAGCACACGUGAUGAGAUCAAAGGCCUUUGGUAUUUCUGAGGGAGACAGCCUCACUCUGGCAGAGCGACAGGGGUUCACAUUCCAGCUAAUACGACUUCACGGACUGUGCAAGAGUUGGUGUAUUGAACAUGCCCCCUCCAGCAGCCACCAAUCUAGGCUACACCCCACCAGACGGAGGCUGGGGCUGGGCUGUCGUCUUCGGUGCUUUCAUCUCCAUAGGAUUCUCCUAUGCCUUUCCCAAGUCCCUCACCAUCUAUUUCAAGGAGAUUCAGGAAUAUUUCUCAGUUUCCUACAGUCAGAUCGCCUGGGUGUCCUCAGUCAUGCUUGCUUCUAUGUAUGCAGGAGGUCCUAUCAGCAGCAUGUUAGUCAACCGCUAUGGAAGCAGACCUGUGGUUCUGGCCGGUGGGAUCAUGGUCUGCACUGGCAUGGUGCUCGCUUCUUUUGGCACCAGUAUCAUCCAUCUGUAUCUUUGUGUUGGAGUGAUCGGAGGUUUUGGCCUUGCCUUUAACCUGCAGCCAGCCCUGACGAUUAUAGGCACAUACUUCCAGGCUAAGAGGCCGCUGGCGAAUGGACUCGCUAUGACUGGAAGUCCUGUGGUUCUGUUCACUCUGGCUCCUCUCAAUCAGUUUCUGUUUGAUUCUUUUGGCUGGAGAGGGAGCUUCCUCAUCCUGGGAUCCAUUGUUAUGAACUGCUGUGUGGCUGGUGCUCUGAUGAGACCAGUCAACAAACGUGUAAAACCCAAGCCGACCAAUGAAUCACCAAAGUGUAAUGGAGGCGCUGAGGAAGCUGAGACUGUGAACACCGGCACACCGCCAGCAAACCUUCUGAAUGAAGAAAGUCAAACUGCGAGCAAGGGUCAGAGUAAUGUCCACAAACUAAUAGAUAUCUCACUUUUCAAACACCGCGGCUUCCUCAUUUAUCUCGCAGGUAAUGUGAUCAUGUUCUUUGGCUUUUUUGCGCCUGUGGUGUUUCUGGCUCCGUAUGCCAAACAUCUAGGGAUCGAUGAAUAUUCAGCAGCUUUCUUGCUCUCUAUUUUUGCUCUAGUGGACAUGUUUAUCAGACCAGCAACUGGCUUCAUUGGCAAUACCAAGUGGGUUAGGCCAAGAAUACAAUAUUUUUUCAGUUUUGCUGUUUCAUACAACGGUGUGUGUCACCUUCUGUGCCCGCUGGCGUCUGGAUACUUGGGCCUCGUUGUUUAUGCUGUCUUCUUUGGUUUGGCUUUUGGGAUGCUUUCGGCACUGCUGUUUGAAGUUCUGAUGGACCUUGUUGGAGCUAAUCGCUUCUCCAGUGCAGUCGGACUUGUCACCAUUAUAGAAUGUGGACCGGUGCUCCUGGGACCUCCACUUUCAGGAGCUCUGGUUGACAUUUUUGGGGACUACAAAUACAUGUACUAUGCCUGUGGUGUGUUUAUGCUGGCGCCUGGUAUAUUUUUCUUCAUCAUGCAUUACUACAACUACAAGAAACUGGACGAGGAGCAGAGACAGAGUGUCGCUACGGAGAUGAAGACUUCUGAAGAGACAGUGAAGCUUAAAAUGAACCAAGAUGAAAAAGAGUGGAUGGAACUGAUGGGUAAAGUUACUGACAAGGAUUUUAUCGGUGUAUAACACAUAUAAUAUAAUAACAUUGCAUGGGCUUUCCAUGCGGUAUAUAGGCUAUUAUAGAUUGUAAAAUUUUGUAUUUUGAGUUUGUUGGACUCUUCGGACCUCGGCUUAUCCAUAGAUCUACAUUUGUUAUUUUGUUAAUAGCUAUUUUAUGUAUGUUAUUAUCACAUUAUAUGACCACUGGAACUCUAAUGUCGUUUGUUCAUAAAUCAUCCAGAACUGCCUCUGUUCCUUCCAGUGCAAUUAUCGUAAUGGCUCUAUGAAUUAUUAUGGUUUCUUUUGUUUCUUUGUUGGCUGAAAAAGACAAUCAUUUUCCAGAGGGAAUGAUAUAAAAUAAUGAGUCAAAACCCCACAACAUAAAGUCAUAUCAUUGUUUAUUAUCAUCUUCUUACCACUAGAUGGCACAGAGCCCUACUGUGUGACAGCUCAAAAUGAGCCAGACAGUAUCUUUUUCAUUAAACUGCAAUUAAACAGCA